AUGGCCAACCCCGCGCAGAUCCCAACAAGCAUGUCGGCGCAAAACCAGCAGAAUUCGCCCGAAUAUCCACAUUUUGCUCUGAUCUACAUUGACCGUCAGGGUAAUCUUCGUCAUGAGUCGUCUCUAUCCGUCGCCAACAGCCGCGAAACCAUUCUAUCUCCGCUGGUGACAGAUGAGUUUCUGCGAGCCGUACAGCGCUCGAGCGACGCUACUCCGUCACAUUCCCAGUAUUGGCAAUAUUCGCCCCGGCCCGGAGAGAGGAGCACCGGACAGUCAGUCUCGAGGCCUUCCGGUUGCAAGAACUUCCACCCAACCCCAGUAUGGUCAGUUCCCCAAGGGCCAGGGGACUGGUCUCGCUGGUCGGGGCAGCACCCGAUCCCACAACCACAACAGAGGCCCUCGGGCAUGGAACCAAACAUGAGGGGCAGCCAGAAGGCUUUUAUAUCUAUUAGAGAUAAAGAUUUCCUACGCCGAUACUACGAAAAAGUCUUCCAGAAUCUACAACAAACAAAUUGUCGUGUUCUGGCCAAGGCGUACGUCAAACUGGUUGAACCGCGCAAGCAAGUGAACUUUCCAUACAAUGGGCGAAAGAUCGUGGCCGGGCAGACGCAACAGCUGGAUCCUGACGAUACCAAGCCUCCUUGGUGGCCGACUGGGGUCAGUCACCGAGAGCCAGACCAUCUUCCCAAAGCCGGUAAGGAGUUGGCUCCUUUCUUCUUCUCUCUCUCUCUCUCUUUUCGGCUCACACCCGUCCGCUUUGAUUAUCUGCCGAUGGCCUUCUUUGAAUGCUUGCUGACCAGAACGAAAGAACGUAUUAGGCUCCUAGUCCACAUUCUCUGCGAACUGCGCACCAGUUACGGUAUCACCGCACGGAAGUUAAAAGCCUCAGACCAGCCAAUCCGUCGACAAAUUCUACCAGUCGAGCGUUUGGAGAUAUUAGAUGAGGUCUAUCAAGUUAGGGAAGAGGAAGAAAAGUUUUUGGAUCAAGUGACUGGUAUGAUGAUGAUUGAGUUACCUCUGCUCUCCAGCCAGCCGAACUGA